UCGAACGCGAAAGUGAAAAGUGGCAUUUCCCCGACCUUGGGACAGUGAGAGUAAAAGUGCAAUGGCGUUGCUCAGGAUUUGCUGCCUGCUCGUCCUGUAUUCGCAAUUGAGUCAGGCGAUCAAGGUGGAUGAUCCCGGCCAGGAGGUGGCCUCCUCCAGUAGCACCUCAAUCCCCCCAGUUUAUAGGGUAUCCAAGCCCGAGCCCAAGCAACCCGAGAAAAGGGUGCCUCCGCACCUGCAGGACAUUCGCACUGGAUAUGUGGACGACGACGCGGGCGAUGUCAUCAGGAUCAUUGAGCCGCCUCAGCAUUUUCAGCAGCUGAAACGACUGCGACAAAGGCAACCUGCCAAGCCACCUGUGGUGUGGGAACAACCUCGAAAACUGGCCACGAAUCGGGUUAAAAUUAUACCCCAGUCGGACCUGCUCACUCAGGAAACACAGCUGCAAAACGCCCCCAAUCAGUUGCAAAUUCCCAUGGAAAUCUUGGCUUCCGUGCGAAAAACAGAGCGUUUGUUGCAGCGUCAAAGGCAAAAGUUGCCUUUGGUGAGACAACGUCAUAUCCAGCGACAAAGUCACACUCUGAUAUCCCAAAAGGCCAUGGAACAGCAGCUCUAUCAUCGUGGCCAACAGCAAAGGCUUAGAGCAGUUUUGAGUCGCAAUCAAGAGCACAAGAGAAACAAAAGGAAUAAGAGGGAUGCUUCGGAGAACCGAAAAGGAGCCUACGAUGUACAAAAGGGUCUUAAGCUGGUGGCUCACAUUGGGGACCUCCUGAAGAAUGCCACCCAGUAUUUACCAGACGAUGCAACCACCACCACCAACGAGGUGAAGAGGUCACCAAUCUGCAGCAAUGCAACUAUUUGCGACAGUCGGCGACGUCGCCAAAGACUUUUUAAACAACACCAAGUCAAGUCAGCGGAGCGGGAAAAAUUAAAGGAGAGGCGGCGCCACUUCCGCAACGAGGCAACAACAACAACAACCGCAGCAACAACAACAACAACAGCCAAGGCGACAACGACAACAACGAGCGGUGGUAAAUCAGUGUUUUCAAGUGCCAAUUCAAUUGCGGCAACUUCCGCAACUCCGUUGGCCAGCCGCCUGGUGAAUUCACGCAAAUCCAAAUCGCCAAAUAACCACCGCAACUUGGGCCGCAGCGAUGACUCCAUACUCUAUGCGGAUGUGAUGACGAACAUACGCAAUUUGUGGCAGGAGCACGAGCUCUUGACGGGACCAAAGUUCAUCGCCCCGGGCGAGGUGGCCAACAACACGGACUACCGGGCCUUGGAUGUGUACCUCAAGGAGUUGGAUGAUCUGGCCAAAAAACUACCCACGGUGGCUCCUAUAACUGGUUUAAAUAAGGAGGAACUGCACAGGCCCACGCCCACUCCGAGUUGGUAUCUGAUUAACUCGGAGGGAGGGAUCUUCGAGACCCGAAUGGAUAGUCAAACCAAACCAUCUUCGUCUCUGUUUCAUCGAUUCCCCGACAUGCCCAACCAAAAUCAGAAUGUGUCCACAUUGGACUUGGAGUAAAUAUUACUCUACUAGUUAUUAUUUAUUUAUUU